UCGGCGGCAUUGUUAUUAAUUUUAAAUUCACUUUUUUAUAAAUAUACAUGUAUAUAUAUAUAUAUAUAAAUAUAAAUAUAUCUUUGUGUUUUUAGUUUUUGAGCCUGUGACUGUGAUAGUGAAAAAUAAAAAAAUUUUUUUUAAACAUUAAUUUGUUUAGAUUUUUUUUUUUAAAUACACACUCAAGUGGAGAAUUCUGACGAAAGGAUUGAAGAUAUGACGAAAAUGAUAAGGAACAAAUUUGUAGGAAAUUAAAUUCUUUACAAAAAAGAUCUAUUAAAUGUGCUCAAUAGCAAUGCCUUCGGAGUUGAUGGGUCACAGUCCACCAGUCUAUGGGCACCAUCAUUUUUUAUACAACCCAUUAAUGGUUACCGCGGCGUCGACCCCCGCGACCCGCGGAACUAAAAUAAGACCGUGUAUAACUACGACAAUUGAUGGGUUGUCAAGUGGGAUAACUAUUAAUUUUAAUAAAAAUAAUAGCAGCAAUUUAAAUAAUAAUAGCAAUAAUAGUAAUAAUAUUAAUAAUAAUAAUAAUAAUAAUAAUAAUAAUAAUAAUUCUAAUAAUAACAGUGUUAUUAAUAACAGUACUAAUGGGGGUGGGGUCGAAUGUAAACAAAAGAAACGAGUUGUGUUUGCUGAUGACCGCGGGAGACCUUUAACACAAGUCCGUGUGAUGUCAGAGCCAAGCAAUAUGCCCCCGGCAUUAUGGCCAAAUGCAUAUUUAUCAAAAGUAACACGUGACAUGCAAGCUGAGGCAACAACAAAUCCGUGGAUUUCACAUUUCCAACAGCCAGCGAGUGAUUAUUUGGCUUUCAGACAUAAAUUGGAUCAAAACUCGGUCAGUCUAGAGAAUGUCAUAAUCCGCGAAUCCGAGCAGUGUAUCGACGGAACGAUAAAAGUUAAAAAUCUGGCUUACGAUAAAGAAGUUGUUGUAAGAACAAGCUGUGACAACUGGCAGACUCACGAAGACGUUUAUUGCACUUAUGUUCCACAGCAUGGCACCAAUGCGAUUCAACCCAAGCUUAUCUUGUACGAUACAUUUAAAUUCCGUGUCACUUUGCCUGUUACCUCUGAUAAGAUUGAGUUUUGUGUAUGUUAUCGAGUUGACGGACAAGAGUAUUGGGAUAAUAAUGAUGAAAAAAAUUACGUCAUUAAAAAACGUCCAGAGUGUCGCCGUUACUCUUCGUCAUCACAAAUGGACUUAAAGACCCCAGUGAACAAUAAAAAUAUUUACAGUAGUAUCGACGCAAAUAACAAUACUUAUAAUCACAAUAAUAAUGGACUAAUGAAAGCCGACGAGGCCGUCAGAGCAAAUAUUUUUACUUGGAGCGAGUUCGCAUCCUGGCAGCAUUUAAACAACGAAGCGCCUUAUUGGUGAUUAAUAACUCCACAAUAUCGAUACUGUGAAUGUGUGUGCGUCAACAAAUUCAUUAAAUGAUAUGCGCACUAAAAUUCUAAAAUAAUUAAGUGAAUUUUAAAAUCUGGACUUUGUUUCAAAAUUAUUUUUGUUAUUUAUUAAUAUUUUAUUUUAUUAAGGAUUCAUAUCAUUUUGAUAUUUAUAUGGUAAGUUUUUAUAUACUAUUAUUACUAUUAUUAUUAAAAGUGUUCUGAGAUGGGCCGGUUUGGAUAAGAGAACAAAUUUUUAAGACUAAAAAUCUUUAAAAUUAAAUUAUGACUAAACUAUUGAAUUUAUGAUAAAAAUGUAUAGGAACAAAGUUGUAGAGAAUUUAAUUUCCUUAAAAAAAGCUCCUUAUCAUUUUUUACGUAGCUUCAAUAUUUGAGUCGUGAUAUCAAUUUUAAAGCGCGCGAAAUUUAAAAAUAUGAAAUUUGCGUUCUGGAAAUUUUUUAUUUUUAAAAUUAAUAUUCUGGCUAAACUAUUAGAGUUAUGAUAAAAUUGAUAAGGAAUUAGUUUGUAGAAAAUUAAAUUCUCUACAAAAAAGGUCCUUAUCAUUUUUUACGUAGCUUCAAUAUUUAAGUCGUGAUAUCAAUUUUAAAAUCCCGCGAAAUUUAAAAAUAUGAAAUUUUCGUUCUGGAAAUUUUUUAUUUUUAAAAUUAAUAUUCUGGCUAAACUAUUAGAGUUAUGAUAAAAAUGAUAAGGACCAAAUUUGUAGCUCAUUAAAUUAUCUACAAAAAAGUGUUAUAUACAUUUUUACAUAAACUCAAUAGUUGUCGAAAUAAAGUAAAAAAAUCCCAGCAUGACAAAUUUACAGACGUAAAUUUUCUAAAAAAAAAAAAUUCAAAAAAAAAAAAAAAAAAAAAAAUUACUUGCUCUACUUAAAAUAAAAAUUAUAAUAACUCACGACUAUAAAUCUUGAACAAUCUUGUUCUCCCACGUGUCCAGACCCAGACAUCCUUGUUUAUUUUUUAUCGCCGCACCUUCUGCUCUGAUAAAAAUUUUAUUUUUACUCCAAUAAAUUUAUUACUCCACAUUUAUAUUUUUUUUUUACAGACUGGUAAAUAUAUAUAAUUAAAUAUAUAUGUAUAUAUUCAAUAAGACUGAAUUUAAAAAACAAAAAUAAAAAAAAAAAUAAGUAAUAAUUAAAAUAACUACUCAAGAGAUUAAUUACUGAGAGUAGA